GGAAGAAAUUCUCCCAUGCGGAAUGUAGGAGUGCUCAUGUAGACAGACGUUACUCUGAAAUUAAAGUGUUUGUUGACGGUAAAUCUACUUAUUCCUCGGGACACGAUGCCUGGGAACACAGAGUUAAAGAUAAAUAAGAAAUUUGCAGAUAAAUAUGAAAAGUACAGACAACGGGAGGAGUUGCAGAGACUAAAGGACCGCUACGGAGAUGAAGAGGAGGAAGGCAGUGAGUCUUCUGAAUCUGAUUCAGAUGAGGACAGUGAAGUGGAGCUUGAUCCAAAACUGGAAAGGGACUUCUAUAGGACUCUUUCACUGUUGAAGAAGAAGGAUCCUAAGAUUUAUCAGACAGAUGCUCAGUUUUACUCAGUAGCAGCAGGGUCAAGUAGUGGGGAUGAGGAGGAGGAGGAGGAAGAGGAGGAGGAGGAAGGCCCUUCCACAUCCAAAGCAGCUACCAAGCCAAUGUACAUCAGGGACUAUGAGCGCAAAGUCAUCCUGGAAAAGGGAGGGAAAUACGAAGAUGAAGAUGACAGUGAAAAUGAGGAGGCCUCGAAGAUGAUGUAUGAGAGAGCUGCAUCUCCAAGUUAUAUGCAAGAACAGAAGGACUUAAAAGAGAGUUUUCGCAAGUUCAUUCAGGACAGUGAUGAAGGCAGUGACAAUGAUGACGACGGCCAACUGCUGAAGAGGAGGACCAAAACCGAAGAGGAAAAGGAGAAGGAGGAGGCUGACUAUGUGGAGUGGCUGAAAGGACAGGUGGAGAUGGAGGGCAAGGAGGAGGUCCAGGACAUGUCAUACCUGAAGGAGUACUGGAACAACCCCCAGCUGGACGAGAAGGAGUGCUUCCUCAGGGACUACGUCCUCAACAAGGGCUACCUGGAGGAGGACGAGGACAGGAUACCCACCUAUGAGGAAGUGGUGCAGGACGAUGUGGAGGAUUCUGAGGACGAGGGUGGCUCAUUCCUUAAGAAACAGGAAGACUUUGAGAGGACAUACAAUUUCCGCUUUGAGGAGCCAGACGCUGCAAAGGUGAAAACGUACCCGCGUAACAUUGCCACUUCUGUCCGUACCAAAGACGAACGAAGGAAACGCAAGAGGGAGGAGAUAAAGGACAGGAAGAAAAAGGAGAAGGAGCAGAAGCGUGAGCAGCUGAAGCAGCUGAAGAACCUGAAGAGGAGCGAGAUCAUGGAGAAGCUCAAGAGGCUGCAGGAGCUGACGGGCAACCAGCAGCUGGCCUUCAGCCAACACGACCUGGAGGAGGACUUCGACCCACAGCAGCACGACCAGCUCAUGCAGAAAUACUUUGGAGACGAGUAUUAUGGGGUGGAUGAGGACGAGAAGCCUCAGUUUGAAGAUGAGGAGCUGGAGGAUGGGCAUUGGAACUGGGACACCUGGACAGGAGAGGCAGAGGAGGGCCAUGGAGAGAAGGAGGAGGAGGGGGAGGGGGAGGGGGAGGAAGAGGAAGAGGAGUACGGAGGUGGAGAGACCGGAGGCUACGAGCUCAACUGUGAAGAUGCUGAUUUCAUCAUGGAUGCCGACUACGACCCCAGCCAGCAGCCUUCCAAGAAGAAGAAGAAGACCAAGACGGAACGAGAGGAGAACAAGAAGAAGAAGAAGAAGCAGCAGAUGUCCAAGGAAGACGUCCCCCUCAUGGGCAAGAAGAGGAAGACAUCGCACUUUGCUGAGGUCAUCGCCAAGAACAAGCCCGCUUUUGACCCACAGGAGAAGUCCUUCGAGCAGUACCUUGAUGAGUACUACCGGCUGGACUACGAGGACCUCAUCGACGACCUGCCCUGCAGGUUCCGCUACAGGGAAGUGGUCGCUAACGACUUCGGCCUGACGACUGAUGAGAUUUUGACUGCUGACGAGAAGGAGCUGAACCGCUGGUGCUCUCUUAAGAAGACCUGCAUGUACAGGCCAGAAAAUGAUGAGCUAUGCGACGUGAGCAAUUACAAGAUCAAGGCCCAAGACGUGAGGAAGAAGAAGCAGGUCUUUGUCUCUCUUUAUUCAGAAGAAGAGAAGGACGCUGAUGCCAAGGGAAAAGUGGGGAAGAAGAGGAGGGACCGCAUGAAGAAUGCAGAGCAGAGGCUGCAGGAAGAGCGAGAAGAGGAUGAGGAGGAGGAGGAGGAGGAGGAGGAGGAAGCAGGGACCAGUCAGCAAGGAGCUGCCGACGGGACUGAGGGAGCCAUCAUCAAAGCCCUGGCUGGAGGACAGGAAGAAGAUGAUGAUGAGGAGGAGGAAGAAGAGUUCUUGGUUCCAAAGAAGAAGAAGCAGAAGAAGAACCAUCAGCCAGUCCAGGAGGAGCGCCAGGAGGUGGCUAAGGAGGCUGCUGCCAGGGGACGAAGAGGUGGGGAGCGACUGGCCAAAGCCAGGCCUGACAAGCAGAAGGGGCCCAGGAGGAAACCCCGGCACCCGGGCGGACGACUGCUCUCCGCGUCCUUCAAGGUGAAACUGGGAGGCAGGGAGUUUAGUAAGCAGAGACUGAAGGCCUACGGACUUAACGCCAAGAAGCUGCAUUACAGAGAACUGCACAGGCAAAAGCAAGAAAAGAAAGAUAAACAAACACAGAAGAAACAAAAGAGCGAAUGAUCACUCACUAUUUUUU